UUGGGUUUAUGGUUGGAAAAAGAAUGCAAACUAGCAGCUUUGUUAUGCACUCUGAUGAAAGACCUGGUACCACAAGCUCACAGAAAAUGAUCGGAAAUUACAGGAGACAGCUUUCGCCAUUAUCAAAAUCCAAAUCAUCGAAGUCCAAGUUGCAAGAACUCGGAGUAAAGAAUAAAAAUAGAGGCAAAGGAAUGACUAUGCAAGGGGUUCGAAGUGAUCUACGAAUCCGCAGCGAAACUGGACCACGAAAACCAGAGGAUCUAAAGCCUAUAAGUGACCCAAAAUGUGUUUCACUAAGACCGAAAACUUUAUAAGCUGUUUAAGUUUUAUCCAGUUACCCAUUGGCGAUUUUCAACACACAUUUAAGAUAAGAGCAGCUAUCAAGAGUCAUAUUGAGCUUCAAACUGGAUUUACAAGACACCUAGCAUCGAUGUGGAAUAUUGUGUGUUGCACUGAUUGGCAUUGCUGCACGUGCACUUAUAAACUAAGUGUAAAGACGUAAAAGCAGUCUUAGAAACGCAUGACCUAGAACAAUGCCGAAAUAAAAGCAAACAGUAUCUACUGGAUGUAGGAUCAUGAGUCCUCAUAACUGUACAUUUAUAGCAAUAUCUUUUUCAGUAAUGUUGACUUUUUUCAAAAUCAUAAUCAAUGUUAGUAUCGA